AUGAGAGCAUAUUCAAUUUUCGUUUGUAAUGUGGAUAACGAUAACAGUGUUGAAAUAUUAUCAUCUUGCUUUAGUCUUUCAAGAUUUUCUUAUUUUGAACGCAAUUAUAUUAAAGAAAUUUUUAAAUUUAUUGUAAGAUCAAUUACUCCUAAGCUAAAACCAGGAAUACAAGAGAUUAUCACUCAUGAUGAGUUUACAGUAUUUUCAUAUAAAUGGAAUGAUGGUCUCUCAAUAUUUAUGAUAUGUGAUAGCGACUUUCCUACGAGGAUUGCAUUUUCUUCUAUUUUUGAGGCUUACAUACACAUUAGAGACCAAAAUCAGCAAGAAAUAUUUUCAACAGAAGAGAAUAAAAAAAUGUACAAAGCAAUUAAUACAAUACUAAAUAAAUAUAAACCCCUUAUUUCAGAUGCAAUUAUUGAAUCUCAGAUAAAAAUUGAUAAGGCUCGAGAGGCUAUUAAUGUCUCAUUGAAGUCCUUUUUAGAUAGAGGGGAAAAUUUGGAUGAACUUAUCCAAAAAAGUAACGAUCUAUCUGAGUCAUCAAAAAAAUUAUUUAAAAUGUCUAAAAAAACAAAGAGACCAUGUUGUAGUCUUCAAUAG